CUUACCGUCAUGCUUGUUCGUCGGACGCUGAGUCGCGCGCCCGCAGCGUUUUCUGGGGCUGGCGCCGGAAAUGCGCGUAACAUGGCCACCCUCCGCGAAAUUGAACUUCGCCUGAAAUCCGUCAAAAACAUCGAGAAAAUCACCAAGACCAUGAAAAUGAUUGCGUCUUCCCAGCUGACGAAAGCUCAACGGGCUAUGAAUGCUGGCAAGGAGUACGGUGUUGCUAACUCGGAGGUCUUCGCUCAUUCUUCCACCACGUCUGCUGCCAACACCAGCCGCCUUUUCAUUGUGGUUUCUUCCGACAAGGGUCUUUGCGGUGGAAUUCACUCUUCCGUAACCAAGGCUACUAGGCGCGCGUUCAGCGGCUCUGAAGAAUCUCCGUUGCUUGAAGCGGAGACCAAGAAGCCUGUCGAAGUCGAUGGUGACUCUCCCAUCUUCAUCGUCGGCGACAAGUCCAAAUCACAGCUUUCGCGUGUCCUCGCCAACAACCUUCGCAUGACCUUCAACCAAAUUGGCCGUGACAUCCCAACAUUCGCUGAUGCUGCUGGCGUUGCAGACCUCAUCAUCAAGAGUGGUGUUACAUACGACUCCGUGGUCAUUGUUUACAACAAGUUCGUCUCGGCCGUCAGCUACGAGCCGGCAGUCAUGGAAGUUCGAGGCGAGAGUGCUUUGAAGGAGAGUGACGGCUUCAAGGCGUAUGAAAUGGAGGACGACUUCACCAAAGAUCUGGCUGAAUUCUCUCUUGCCAAUGCUAUCUAUGCCGCACUCGUUGAAGGACAUGCUUGUGAAGUUAGCGCUCGGCGAAAUGCUAUGGACAACGCAUCCAAAAAUGCUGGGGACAUGAUCACUGCUCUCCAAAUGAAGUACAAUCGUGGGAGACAAGCCUCGAUCACAAACGAAUUGGUUGACAUUAUUACUGGUGCCAGUGCCCUCUAG